AUGGCUCCCCUCAACUUUGACACCUCUUGGAUCUGGCAUCCAGGCUGGAUUGAGAACGCCUCCGCUUCAGCCGGAGGCUUUGUUGAUUUCAGAAAAACAUUUUCUCUUGAUCGAGUCCCCGCUAUCCCUGUCAAGAUUCACAUCUCGGCGGAUACACGUUACAAACUUUACAUCAACUCUCGAAUCGUAGCUGCAGGCCCCGUCAAGGGUGACCAGCAACUAUGGUUCUUCGACGAGCUAGAUGUCCAGCCAUACCUGAAACCAGGAGAGAACCAUAUCGCCAUCCGUGUGCUAAGAUUUUACUAUUCGACUCUGCUAGCGACGAGUUUCCCGAGAACGCCUACCCCUGGCCUCUUUGUCCGACAUGCACCGUCCGAUGAUCCUCUAGUUCAGAGCAUCAACUUUGAGACGAAUGAGUCAUGGGAAACAUCAAUUGACCUCACUGCCCAUCUCCCAAAGUCCAAAUUUGAUCAUUUCCUGCAUGUUUUCGAGGACAUCAAGCGGGAACCCGGCCAACAGCCUAAAUGGGUUCCCGCCGCCCCUCAGAAGUUCCUCGUGGACUUUGGGCUCUCGAGGCCUUGGAGAUUAUCACCGAGGAUGAUUCCAUACCCCAGGCUGGAGCGGACUUGCAUCCAAGCUAUCAACAACAUUCGCAGCAGCGUGCCCUUCGAGUCCUGGAAAAAGCAUCUCGUGCAGCAAGCUGCGCGAGGCUUGAGAGAGGGCAUCCUUCUGCCUGCUCGAAGUACACACCACGUUGAACUCGAGUUCAAGUACCACGCAACUGCCAAUGUCGAGUUUCAGUUUCUCCGGCCAAAGUCCAGUGGGAGCGAGUUGUCCAUCACGUACUCCGAGUGUUACGAGGAUGGUCCGGUCACCUCAACCGGCCCUCGCUUCAAGACGGACCGCUGCGACUACUCAAAACAGCUUAUCGGACCAUCUGAUUGCUACGUCUUUGGCGGCCCAUUGGAUCCUACAGCAGCCACUCGACGCUAUGAGGCAGAAGAGAUGGAAGAGGUUUACGCACCGUUCCACUUCAGGACCUUUCGGUUCAUUUCCAUGGAUAUCCAGGUAGCGAGCGAUUCUGAUCUCGUUCUCCUAGGUGUCAACCUCACAAAAACCAACUAUCCUCUCCAAGUAGUCUCGGAAUUGAAUGUGCCAGGGGACAUGUCUUGGGCUAAAGAGUUGUGGACUGUCAGCCUCCGAACACUCGAGAAUUGCAUGCAUGACUGCUACGAAGACUGCCCCUUCUACGAGCAGCUACAGUACGCCAUGGAUACUCGCAGCUCUGCUCUCUUUACCUAUUGCGUCUCUGGGGAUGACCGUCUUGCCCGACAAGCCAUUGUUCAACUUCACAACUCCUUCCAACCAGCUGUUGGCCUCACAUCCAGCCGCGCGCCAUGCCAUCACCUUCAGAUCAUCCCGCAUUUCUCUCUCUUUUGGAUUUCUAUGGUGGCAGAUCAUCACGAGUACUUUGGCGACGCCGAGUUUGUCAGCCAGUUCUUUCCCGUCUGCCACGCGGUGCUUGAAACGUUCCAUCGUCGUAUCGACGCUGGGACUGGUCUUGUACGCCACGCUGAGUCGCCAGGUGAAUGGCAUUUUGUCGACUGGACUGAGGCAUGGAAGCCAUUUGGAAUACCAACUGCUGCUGGGAGAACCGGAUUCCUGACCUUUACAAGCUGCCUCUAUGCCUAUACUUUACGACGUCUCGCCGGUCUGAUGAUCGCCAUAGGUCGAGAUGGUCUCGUCAGCGAGUACAGCUCUCGUGCUGAUGCCUUGGCACAAGCUGUCCGCAAUCAUUGUUUCGACGGUGAAUUCUUUACUGAUGGGCUUGCCAAGCAGGCUGCUUCAACAGACUAUAGCCAGCACAGCCAAGUAUGGGCAAUUCUGAGCGGAGCAGCUGCUCCUGACGCGAGCGCCAUUCAAUUUUUGACCCGGUCACUUGCGGCUGCGGGAGACGUUGCACCAGAGGCAGAAGGAAAGGGGUUGGUGUUCACUCCUACCUCCACAGCCAUGCCGUUCUACACCUUGCGAGCCCUUUCCAUGGUGGGAGGUGAUGCCUACGAUGCCCACUUCACAAGUUUCUGGGAUCCCUGGCGAGCCCAACUCUCGCAGAAUCUCACCACUUGGGUCGAAGACAGCGUCACCCAACGAUCAGACUGCCACGCAUGGGGGAGUUUACCACUCUACGAAUUCAUCGCCGAGGUUGCAGGCUUGAGUCCUGCAGCCCCUGGUUGGGCGACCGUCUCUUUCAAGCCACGCCUCAACUUGUUCCGGGAGCUUGAUGUCAAAGUUCCUGUUGGAGGUCACCUUGGGUCAAGAGUAGUUCGUGUCCAGUGGUCGACUGAUGAGGAAACUGCUGCUGUCAAAGUCACUCUUUCACUGGACAAGUGGGAUUCUUCUGAUGUUAACAUUCCUAUGCUUCUUCAACUACCAGACAGGGACGAGACUGUUACACUUCAGGAGUCGAUCGAGCUUACGGUUAAAAGGCCAGACGUCACAGGAUGA